AUGGCGGAGGAAGAUAUUCCGCUGCAACCCUUCAAGGAAGCACGCGAUUCGAACGACAAGUCUCCCAGCUCAACUCUAGGCUGGAAACGAAGAAAUGGACUGUUGCAGUUCAUUCGGCACAACCAAACCAUCCCUGUUGCACUCUGCGUCGGCUUCCUAUUUGGCAGUACAGCCAUUACUUUCACUUGGUGGCUCAGCGGCGAGAAGCUUCAAUGCCCUAAGUGGGCAAUUGACUGCUCAAUACCACCGCCAGUGGAAUGGCUGAGAGCCAACAUCGGUACUGUCCUAGGUUUUGUCACAUUCGUCUAUGCUACAAGCCUGGCAGCCAUGGCCGACCCUACAGUAUUGGACAAAUUGAGACUUUCCUAUCCGCCAGCCGCGGCUCGGUCCCCCUCGACACCAGUUGCCUUUCGCCAGGUUGCAAAUUUCGACGCCGCGCUCGUCUUGAUAUGCACCGCGUUGAUUACAUUCAUCCCACUUACGGCAGCGCCUCUCGUGGGCUAUGUCUUUCACCAGCAGAUAGUGCCUUUGGAAGCCAAGAGCAACUACACAGGUGGAGGUGGUACCGGGAGGCAUUUUACGCAGCACAACCUACCAGUAUCACUUCUGGCCCCUGCAGUCGUCAGGUAUGCCUCUUGGGCUGAGCCCCUGUCUACAGAGCCGAUGCAAGACUAUCGAGAUUGGUUCGUGGACAGAUACAAGCUGGCUGACAAGGGCAACCUCGCAGCUCAUGCAGUCAGGCUGAAAAAGACCAUUACCUGCCGAGGGUACCAAGUCAACAACAUCUCUGAAGGGAAGGUGUCCACACGAAUGGAAAAUCGCACUUUUGAUGACGGCCAAGGACCACUCCCUAGAGGGUCUGAGAAAGUGGGUUUGUUAAUGAGGCCCCAGCUGACGGUCUGGGCGGACGAUUGUCAGCUUCCUUCUUCCAGUCGGGCUCGCUCUACACUCGUCUUCGCAUCCUUGAACGGCACGAUUGAGAAUGGGAUACCAGCCUAUGUGGAGCAUGAGGAAAUUCAUUCGCUCGAAGCGGUCGCCUGCGACAUUGACAUCGAUCUGGUGGACGAUAUUCUUUGCAUCGGCAACGAGGAAUGCCGGGAGAAAGACUCGACAACUCAGACACUCACAUCGCUGCAAGAUAUCUAUCGCAAAUCACUGAACGAGAUUGCCGUGUGGAUGGCUAUGGCACCAAUAGUAGUUGGAGUAAGUGUAAAUGGUGCUCAGCCUCUGUUUUAUCACUCGCCCAACGCUCCUCUUCCCCAUCUAUACACGACGACAAUCGGAAAAGGAGACCAUUGGACUUCGGAGCAAUUGGAAGGUUUUAUCAAUGCCUCCAUCAGUGCAGUCGCGCAGGAGCUUGUGGUCAAUCAACCAGCCGCGCAUGAUGUGCAAAUACAAUCACUCACCACGACGGUCAAGUUGGCGAGUGCGAGGGUCCGACUGCUCAUAUUGCCCGUUGCUACGAUGCUAAUCGUCACGGCUUUACUGGUUUCCUGGUCCGAGCUUCUUCACCGGAAGUACAAGAUACCGCUCAGGCGGCUGGCGAGUCUCAGCGAGUUCUUGAAAAGCUGCCAAACCGCACAUAUAGUCAAGGAGGCCAGCGUGGAUUCUCUCCAGGCCGAUACACCUUCCCAACUUGGACAACUGAAAGUGAAGUUUGGCAGGACGCUUGGAGUGGAUACAGACGGGACCCUCAUUGCUGGACUGGCCCGCCAAGUCAAGAGCUUUCCUUGA